AUGGUCACUACAGAGAAGUUAACCAAAAAUUUUCUGUGGUGUCGCAUUGAUAAAUCAAUAUUUAACUCGUCAAAAGACCUGUUUUUAUGUGGUGUAUAUAUUCCCCCUAUAAAAUCACCAUACUUUGAUGAAGAAAUAUUUGAAAAUUUAGAGACCGAUGUAUUGCAUUACUCGCAAAAAGGAAAUGUAAUGCUACUAGGAGAUUUUAAUGCCCGAACUAGUAAACUUGAAGAUUUUAUAUCCAAGGAAGGAAAUACAUUUAUAAAUGAUAUAACAGAAAAUUCUUUUAUUCCUGCAAAAAGGAACAAUUUUGAUGGUUCAGUUAAUGAACAUGGUAAAUGCUUAAUUGAGCUAUGUAAGAAUUGUAAUUUAAGAAUUCUGAAUGGUAGAACCCUUGGUGACUCCCUUGGCAAACCAACUUAUCAUGGAAAAAAUGGCACAAGUCUAGUCGAUUACGCAAUUUGUGAUCAAGAUUUUACACAAAUAGUUGAAAACCUAGUUGUAAAACCUCCAACCUACUUAUCUGACCAUUCUCAAAUUUUGACUUGGAUUAAAACAAAACAACCAAAUAAUCAAAACUCUACUGAUGUCACAAAUAUUGCUACCCCUAAUAUUCAACAUAAGCUCCCUUUGCAAUUCAUGUGGGAAAACAACUCAGCUAUUUUAUUUAGAGAAAGCUUUCAAUCAUUAGAAACCCAAACUAAACUUAAUCAAUUGAUUAAUUCUCCCACUCCAUUAUCGAAAGAAGGAAUAAGUGGGUUUGCAUCUGAAUUUCAAAAUAUUAUUUUACAUGCAGCUACAAAAUCACUUAGAAUCAAGAAGACAAAAUAUAGACAUAAGAUUACCAAUGUUUGUAAUAAGAAAUGGUUUGAUAAAGAAUGUAGACUUAAACGUCACAGCGUCAGAAAAUUAGCUAAUCAAAAACACAGAGAUCCAUUAAAUAAUGAAAUACGAAAUGAAUAUCACAAUGCUCUUAGGAUUUACAAAGACACUUUGAAGCACAAAAAAGAAUUAUUCCAUGAAAACAAACUGAAUGAAUUGGAAAGAGCUUCUGAAACUGAUUCAAGUUUAUUCUGGAACACUCUAAAAAAUAUGAGUGAUAGCUAUGAUGACUUUUCCUCUAGUUCACCUGAUAUAACUACCCAAAAUUGGGUUUCCCAUUUUAAACAGCUACAUGCAAAACAUAAUCUAGGUACUGAACAAGAAAAUAUUUUACAACAACUAGAUAUGCUCAAGAAUAACAAAAAAGAAAAUAAUUUUCUUGAUAACCCUAUUUCUGAAAGCGACAUUCUUAAUGCAGCCAAGAAAUUAAAAAACCGAAAAUCAGCAUACUCAGAUAAGAUAAAAAAUGAAAUGAUCAAAUCGAGUGUAGAAAUUCUUCUUCAUGGUUACUAUAAAUUAUUUAAUCUCAUCUUAGAAUUUGGAAGUUUUCCAGACCAAUGGUGUGAAGGCCUAAUAACACCCAUCUUUAAAUCUGGAGAUAAGAAUGACACCAAUAACUACAGAGGAAUUUGUGUCACAAGUUGUCUGAGCAAAUUCUUCUGCAUAAUUCUUAAUGAACGCCUAAAUGGCUAUGCUCAAGAAAAUGACCUGGUCCACCCAUCCCAAAUUGGAUUUCAAUCUGGUCACAGAACUGCUGACCAUAUCUUCACUUUAAAAACACUUUUUGAUAAACACAUGAGCACAAACAGAAACGACAAAGUUUAUGCGUGUUUUGUGGAUUUUAAAAAAGCGUUCGACUCAGUAUGGCAUGAAGGCCUAUUUUUUAAACUCCUUGAAAACAAAAUUGAUGGAAGUUUCUUUAGACUGAUUAAAAGCCUCUAUGCAAAUUCGAAAUGUGCAGUCAAGCUAUCUAAAUCAAGAACAGAAUUCUUUUCAUACUCUAGGGGUGUACGCCAAGGAUGUGUACUAAGCCCAAUUCUGUUUAAUUUAUACAUUAAUGAGCUAGCAACAAUAUUUGAAAAUACUAACUCAGACCCAUUUAUCCUUCCAAACGGCACUAAACUGAGUUGUCUUCUAUAUGCUGACGACUUAAUAAUAUUAUCAAAAUCAAGAUUUGGACUUCAAAAAUGCCUUGAUGAACUUCAAAACUGGUGUAAUAAAUGGCUGAUGGAGGUAAACCUCAAGAAAACAAAAAUCAUGAUCUUCAAAAAAGGGAAUCCAAAAAUGAUUAAACCAAAUUUUAUGCUAAAUACCAAAAAUGUCGAAAUAGUAAAUGAAUAUUGCUAUUUAGGUAUUAAAUUAAAUUCAAAUGGCACUUUCACACUGGCUCAAAAACAACUGAGCGAAAAAGCACUACACGCAUUAGGCAGCAUACGAAGACACCUCAACCUACAUUACCUUAAUCCUAAAUUAGCUAUCAAGAUAUUUGAAAGCAUAAUAUCACCCAUACUCCUAUACAACUCAGAUAUAUGGGGUGCUUAUCUCAAAAAUGAUUUCAACAAAUGGGAUAAGUCACCAACUGAGAAGGCCCACCUACGGUUCUGUAAAUUAUACCUAGGUGUAGGAAAAAAAGCUAGCAAUAUGGCUUCGAGAGGAGAACUAGGAAAAUUCCCUCUACAAAUUAGUAUAUACAAACGAUUAUUCAACUAUAUAGCACACUUGAAUUCAUUACCUGAAACAGCAAUUGCAAAACAAGCUUUCUUAAUAUCAAAAGACCUAUACUCGAAUAAUAAAAUAUCCUUUUAUAAAAAUGCUAUGGAUAUUUUAAAACACUACAAAUGCCACUCGCAAAUAGUGGAUUUAGAAUCAAUAUCUGCUCAAUCAUUAAAUUCUAUCAUUGACACUGUUAAACAACGUUACAUUACAUUCUGGAAACACCAAAUUGAACACUCGUCCAAAUUAUAUUUCUACUCAACUUUCAAAAAGGAAUACCAAUUAGAAAAGUAUCUUAUCGUAAUAAGAAACACAAACCAGAGGAGAUCACUGACUCGAUUCCGAAUAAGCAAUCACAAAUUAAUGAUUGAAUGUGGUAGAUACCACAACAUUCCCCGAGAAGAACGAAUAUGUAAGCUUUGUAAAUCAAACGAAAUAGAAAAUGAGGAACACUUUCUUAUUUCAUGUGAUGCCUAUGACAAUAUUAGGCAAGACUUCCUCACUGUUCUCGCCAACAAUACAUACCAAAGAGAACAAAAUGUAUCAGUUGACAUAUUAAAGUCAACUGAAAAUGAAACAAUUCUAAAACUAUCCAAGUUUGUUCUUUCCGGUUUCGAGCUAAGAGAUAAACGCCUUGAGACCAGGGAUGCUGAACACUAA